AUGGGACACGAAACUUCAGGGGCUCGGAUUAUUGUCUGCGUCAAGAGCAUUGGAUCUCGGAAACGUGUGAAGUCGCAAGACAGAUUGAGAGAGUGGGAACUUCUCGACAUCACUGUUUGGGACGACACCGCCAGCUGCGUAUUGACUCUUUGGGAAGACAAAGCCCACUCCGCCAGGUUUUGGAAGCCCAACGAGACCAUGCUACUCUUUACCAGUCCGAAGUUUGUACCCCCUUCCGACAACAAAUCAGCAACCUUGAGCGCCAGUAUCGGUCUUGAUCACAAUACCUUGAUUGAGGUCGAUCCGGACUUCCAGGAUGCCAACUGGCUUCGAGAGUGGGUGAAGAAGAGAGUCAAGAAGGAGAGUGUCUAUGUGCCGUUCCCCAAAGACAUAUGGAAUGCAGAAGAAGCUGUCCAUGGGCCAGUCCGGGCGCUCUUUACCCUGGCCGAGGUGGAUGACUUCGCUCGCGCCGACCCGGCCAGUGACUUCACCGGCAAGUUGAACCUUAUCAUACUCGUUCCCCUAUAUGCAAACCAAACGUCCGCGACUUGCAAGAACUGCUUGCAGGAGAAGUCUCUCGUUCUUAACCCUCGAAUCAUGGGUAUCCUGGCAGACGAAACAGGUUGCGUUGCACAGGGGAAGCUUGUCUGGAGUGACCAGGCCUGGAGCGAGCUCUUCUUCCCCGCCUUCGAGUCGAGUGACACGGCGAACGCGGAGCCGGAGGUAGCGGGCGAGGCGAAGAUACUUCAGUCUUCGCCCCGUCCUGUCGCUUCGUGGGAAGAGCUUACCUUGAAGGAUGCCAGUGGACUCCGAAUCUUGGAGGAGCAAAUGCUGUACGCUCGUUUUACUUUGACAUUCGGCUAG